UUAAUCUCUUUAUUAAAGAUACUGUACAUUUGGUGUCAGAGCCAUCAAGAAGUAGCACACACACACACACUGAAGAAACAAUCCUGAGUGUGUAUGGGGGAGUUCCAGUCUGGGUGUGGGGCUACAUGUCUAGACACAAUACUGUCUCUACUCUACAUUUAACCUGGGUGUUGCAAACUAGUGUAGGCAGUAAGUGGUGUGGUAUGUGGCACUGGUAGAUACUGUAUACUUCUGAAACAAGCACAUAACACGUCCAGGCCCACAGCAAAUGUUUGCAUGUCCAGAGCUGGACAAGAUGGCUCAAAAUAUAUAUCUUGAUAUUUUAAGCCUUGGUGAUGACUUUACAAGUGUAUGUUUCUAAACAGAAUAAUAAUGGAUACAAACACCCUCUUGAUACCAUAAUUUGAGGGUGUUUACAUACCCAUCUAAUGAACCCUGUAGAGAUUGUGGCCUUUUUCAUACAUGCCCAAGAGUCAACUGUUCAUCCAGUAUGUAUGGAUAAUAAUAUAAUAUGUAUAAGUCUUUCACCUCAUAGAUUUCAUUUGAACUCAAUGUGCUGGAGUCAGCCAAAACAAUGAAAAACAAAUCAUAGUCAAUUCUUUAAGUAUGAUUUUUUUUGAGCCCACAAGAGACAUUUACAGUUACUGAGAUUUUUGCAACAGGGCAAAACUCUAAAACCCUUAAACAGCAGUGUUAGUUUGGCAAAAUCUCCAGUGAGAAAUCUCUCUUACUUUGCUCAGUCCACUCCAGGUCCAUGACACCAGCUUGUCUGUGACAACAACAUCAUAUUUGUAAUGUGCCUCUGUGUGUGUGUGUGUGUGUGUGUGUGUGUGUGUUUCCACCAGCAAGGUCAGUUUCAUCUUGAUCUAAGCGAUUCUAUUUACAUCCUACAAAGAAUAAGUUGGCUGAUGGCUGUUUGUUGGCACCCAGUGGUAAUCAAAGAGACAAGACACUUGGUUACGUGCUUUUCCUUUUCUGUGUCACUGUCACUUUUUGGGUAGUCCUACUUAUAAUGUAGAGUCUGGCCUUCUUAUAAGUUCUUCAUAUUGUACAAGACAAAUAAUAAUAUGGUCCCACCCAUACCUGUAUACCCUUAGCACAAUGUGUUUUGAGACUAAAUGUUACAUUAACAUUGCACAGUGCAAGAACUACAAAGUGCGAGUGUGUGUCGCCGGAGGUACAAAAGUCUGCGACUGGGUUUAAGGCUAUAAAGUUUACAAAUCUUAUGUAAUUUGUCCAAGAAUGAUACUAGUGCAGUGUGUGUGCACAGUCCAUGGGAGGUAGCUAUAGGCAUGCUGGAUGCGCUGGAUACAUUGUGUUUAGCUGCCAAAGAAAAAGUCUUGCAAAAUGCUCUCCUCUUGUAUCAUGCAUCUAGCUUCAUCAUUAUUCGAUCUCUUUCUGUUUUUUUUUGUUCUGUGUAAAAAGUACUUUAUAGCUCAUUUUGCAAUCCUGCUUUGUCCCCUCCAAUAUCAUUCCCCUCUAUUUCCAGACACCCUCCUCAAGUUGAUCUUUUUAACGUGGUGUAAUUUUCCUCUGUGUAGAAUGCAGUGUACGUGUUUAUCGUUGUAUUUGUUGUACAAAUACUACAAAACCUUUGAGUGUAUCAUACAGAAGUUAAUUAAAGUAUGUGUGAAUACUUCAAGUACUACAAAUUAAAAUACUAUUUAACUAUAAAUAUUUAACUUGAAGGAUGAUUUGUAAAUGUAAACUGUCAUUCAUGCUUCUUCCUCCUUCUCCUCACCCUUCUCCUGUUCUUCCUGCCCCUUCCCUUUCACCCUCAUCUGCCUUUCACUUUCUUUCUUUCUUUCUUUCUUUCUUUCUUUCUUUCUUUCUUUCUUUCUUCUUGUUUCUAACCCUUUAUCACCUCUUACUUCUGUCCUCUCUCCUCCACCCCUCAAUCUUACAACCUAACAGAGUCAUGAAGCAUGAACUCCGCUGACCUCUAGAGGAGGAUACAAUAAGCUCACCUCAUUGUGAAAUCAUGAGCGCUCCAGCGACAGGAAGCCCAAAUAUGGAGGUGAAGGUAGUCUCCCAGGAGAUGGCAUUGCUUAGCAAUAUACUUGCAGCUUACACCUUUAUUGCAGACCAACCUGAGAGGACAGCAUUGGUGUUUCUGGGCGGUGUCUGUGUUGGCCUUUUUGUCACACUCUGCGCCAUCGUCUUCCAGAUACACUGUCGAGCAGACUGUCACUAUGGCAACAAUAAACACCCUCACCAUCGCCACAGGAACAGGCAUCAUCAUCGUCGCCAUCACAGCUGUCCCCACCAUCAGCCCAUUGACAGUAAUCCAGACAACACUGCUGUUGUUACCUCUGGAGGGCCCGGGCCUUCUGGGGACAGCGAAUCAGAGGACUGGGAUGACACGUCUGACCUGUCGGCACGACGACGCAGACGCUUUGAGAGAGCUCUGCUGCAUGCCACCAUGUUCACAUCAACUGAGGAAAUAAGGCCCCCAGUUAAUCUGGAUAAUCCACACACUUCACUGCCAACUGUUUUCUACUGAACACAGGAAAAAGUGAAAAAACUGGACCGGGCCCAGCGGCUAGAAGAGCGGGAAAGGAUUCUCCGAGAGAUCUGGAUGAACGGACAACCAGACAUCAGUACAGUCACUCAAAGCCUCAACAGAUAUUACUGACACAAAAAU